AUGCGCCCAUCAUACAAACCCGUAGAAUCGCUCACUACACAUACGCCGUCUCAACGACCUGAACGCUCUGUGGCACCACUGCAACGUGGCAACCACCUCGGCCUUGACCAGUCCUUUCUGACGCACUCAUCACUGGACUUCCGCACGACGAUGCGAUUCGGACAUUCGUGGGACGCUGGUUACGUCUUCCCACCUCCUCGAUUAGUGCUCUCCCGAACCGACAUGGAGCACUACGAGAGUAUAGCGGACCAAUUAGUUGCCGAAACGCUGCAGGCUAGUGAAGGGUUUAUUGCCGACCGUCGGUCCGUUGACCUCGAUCGAUGGAAAGUCGUGAUUCAGAAGGAGCGCAUGACUGCGUAUCGAUCCCGUGGGACCCAACGCAAACGUGGCCGCCGUGACCGCUUCGAUACAGAGGAAGCGGUCGAGUCGUCGUUUGUCCAUCGCCCCAAGUUGUAUUCGAUCGACAGCAGUAGUACGUUCGGGGACUUGAUGAUGGGCCGAGGGCACUCGCAUUUGGCAGGGGAGAUGUCGCAAGAUGAGAGUUCCAUGGUCCAUGGCGACUCGGAGUACUAUGAAAACAGUCGCAUCGACCUGGAAGCCCCCGAGCAGAGCGUGCUCGGGAAGUCGCGACCGCCGAAUACGCCCAUGAUCUUUGGUUGUGGGGUUGUCUCGGGCUCUGUGGACGACGCGGGACUCGGGUUUUUAGCAGAUACCGAAGACCGGAGUAUCAUGCGAGCAGCUACGAACAAGGACGGGAACACGAAAGACAUUCGGAUUCUGGCCCAGAUUCGAGGCCCGACGCGAGAGGAUCCGUUCCGGUUCUUAGGGAUCAAGUGGACGUCCCACUUUUCGACGAAAGCAGUGGACAAGCCACGGGACGUGGUCUCGCUGGAAUCCACUGGACUGACCCUUGACUCGAGUGGACAACGCGUGUGCUACUUUCUGAGCCAUUCCGUGGAAAUUGAAGAAGUACCGGAGUAUCGAAAACGAGGCCUCGUGCGACUCCGCAUGUCCAGCUGCCGCAUCGUGCGGCCUUACAUUACUCAAGGGGAAGUAGAGGUCUAUUGUCGAGGCUUUUGCAAUGCCGGCGGCCUCUUUCGGAUUCGAAAGUCGACGCAACUGUUUUGCGAGAGUUUGCUGGAUACGGCGCAACUUGUGGAGGAAUCGUAUUUGAAGAAACUUGCGUGGUUCGUGCACGCAUACGCACGACGGAUAAACACGGACAAGGAGGCGGAGAAGCACGUAGGAUGCGCUUGCUGCCAUAAGUUGCCUACAAAAGGUUUCAAGAAACUACUGGAGAACAAUACGACGUGUUUCUUGUGUCGAUGCAACGUGUGCAAGAAGUGUACGGUCAAGAAACAAUUGCCCAUUGAUUCUACGAGCACGAAAAGUAUCGACUUUUGCUCGACAUGUUACGUCAAGGCCAAGAAGUUGUCGGCGUGGAAAGUCGCGGUGGCCACGUUACCUAGAGUGUAG